GAGGGCCGGAAUCCAGCCGUUCUCAGAAGGGGUCGAAUCCCCUCGCGUCUCGUCCCUCAUGGCCAGCCCUGUGCUGCUGGCUCUCUGCUUCGCCCUGGUCACGGCUCGGGGCUGGGGGUCGAGCACCAGCCCCACAGGGACGAGCGAGCCCCCAGACGGGCAGACGGUGGCGCCCCCGGAGGAGGAGACCCUGCAGAACGAGGCGGACAACCAGGAGAACGUCUUGUCCCAGCUGCUCGGGGACUAUGACAAGGUCAAGGCUGUGUCAGAGGGCUCAGACUGUCAGUGCAAGUGUGUGGUGAGACCCCUGGGCCGAGACGCCUGCCAGAGGAUCAACGCGGGGACUUCCAGGAAGGAAGACUUCUACACCGUGGAGACCAUCACCUCGGGCUCCUCCUGCAAGUGUGCCUGUGUCGCUCCCCCGUCUGCCCUCAAUCCCUGUGAGGGAGACUUCAGGCUGCAGAAGCUGCGGGAAGCAGACAGCCAGGACUUGAAGCUCUCCACCAUCAUGGACAUGCUGGAAGGCGCUUUCUAUGGCCUGGACCUCUUGAAGCUGCAUUCAGUCACCACCAAGCUGGUGGGGCGGGUGGAUAAGUUGGAGGAGGAAGUUUCUAGAAAUCUCACCAAGGGAAACGAACAGAUCAAAGAGGAUAUGGAAGAAAUGCAGACCGAGAUGAAUAAGCGAGGCAAAGAGAACUGCUCUACUAAUGUCUUAGACAGCAUGCCAGACAUCCGGGCAGCCCUGCAGAGAGACGCGGCCGCAGCCUAUGCCCACCCAGAGUAUGAGGAGCGAUUUCUGCAGGAAGAAACCGUGUCCCAGCAGAUCAACUCCAUCAAGUUCCUGCACACGAGGCCCCUGACCCCUCCGGAGGUGGUGAAGCCACAGCGGCCCCUGCAGAGACAGGUCCACCUGAGGGGCCGGCCUGCCUCUAAGCCUACAGUUAUCCGGGGCAUCACCUACUACAAAGCCAAGGACCCCGAGGAAGAGAACGACCUCGAAGAGCAGCAGGACGACUUUUUCAGUGGUGAGAAUGGGAUGGAUUUGCUGAUCGAAGAUCAGCUCCUGAGACACAAACACCUGUUGACCAGCACCACCCAGAGACCAGCAGCUGUGACAACUGACCAGAGCACUCCGACCAUGGCCAUGUCCUCAGCACCGCCACGGCCCUCCGCCUCAACGACCACUGACCCUACUCUCUCUGGGUCGGUCAGACAACUGUCAACAACACCCCGAGCCACCCCUGUAUUUACAAACCCCACAGAGGAGGCAAACCUCACACCUUCUACUCCGUGGCCAGCGACCACCGUGGCACAGAACACUACCCAGCCAUCUCCAACCUCAGCUCUCCCAGCAGUAGAGCCCGAGGAUACAUCUACGGAAGGUACCCCGAUGGCCCCUGUGUCUCCCACCACAGGCAGCACAGACUCGCUGGAGAAAGAUGCGACUGCUGGGCAGGGCACAAGCCUUGCCAGCCCCACCCUGAGCCCUGAGGAGGAAGAUGACAUCCGGAAUGUCAUAGGAAGGUGCAAGGACACCCUCUCCACGAUCACCGGGCCAACCACCCAGAACACAUAUGGACAGAAUGAAGGGGCCUGGAUGAAGGACCCGCUGGCUAAGGAUGAGCGUAUUUAUGUGACCAAUUACUAUUACGGCAACACCCUGGUGGAGUUCCGGAACCUGGAAAACUUCAAACAAGGUCGCUGGAGCAAUUCCUACAAGCUCCCGUACAACUGGAUCGGCACAGGGCAUGUGGUGUACAAUGGUGCCUUCUACUACAACCGGGCCUUCACCCGCAACAUCAUUAAGUACGACCUGAAGCAACGCUACGUGGCUGCCUGGGCCAUGCUCCAUGACGUGGCCUAUGAGGAGGCCACUUCCUGGAGGUGGCAGGGCCACUCCAACGUGGACUUUGCUGUGGAUGAGAACGGCCUGUGGCUCAUCUACCCCGCCCUGGAUGAUGAGGGCUUCAGCCAGGAGGUCAUCAUCCUGAGCAAGCUCAAUGCCGUGGACCUGAGCAUGCAGAAGGAGACCACAUGGCGGACGGGGCUCCGGCGAAACUUCUACGGCAACUGCUUUGUCAUCUGUGGGGUGCUGUACGCUGUGGACAGCUAUAACCAGAGGAACGCCAACAUCUCCUAUGCCUUCGACACCCACACCAACACGCAGAUUGUCCCCAGGCUUCUGUUUGAAAAUGAAUAUUCCUAUACCACUCAGAUAGACUAUAACCCCAAGGACCGCUUGCUCUAUGCCUGGGACAAUGGCCACCAGGUCACCUACCAUGUCAUCUUUGCCUACUGACAGCCCACUCCCCGUGCACAAAAGCUGCAGAGGGGCCACUAGCACCUUGUGUGUGUGUAUGUGUGUGUGUGUGUGUGUGUGUGCAUGUGUGUGUGCACGCGCGCAGAGGGUAUGUGCUGUGGAAAAUAUUAUUUUGUCUAAUAUUGCAAAUGGUAACAUGACAGGUUGGAUCUAUUUUUUUUUUAACAUGGAUUGUAGAUCAAUCCAUACGUGUAUGUGCUGGUCUCAUUCUCCUUCCUAGUUUAUAUUUUUGUGCAAAUGGACUUCUCCUUCUGAGCAGUGACCACCUUCCUUCUAAUCCAACCCCUCCAGCUCCCAGCUCACAACUCUUGAAAAGGUUUCUUCAGUGGGUCUUGCAGGCAGACAACACCGUGAGUCUGGGGGAUGGGGGUGGGAGGUGGAGAAGGAGGCAAGAAAGAAGUACUAAGGGGAGGGGAGAAAGAG